CUCUAAUUGGGUACCGUGCAUCAUCCCCUGCUGGCAAAUCAUCCAAUCAUGAUGCUUUGCGCACUGCAAUAUGCCCAUAAAGGAAAGUGACCAGCUGCCGGCAGAACUGAUGCUGCUUCGAUGUGCAAUUUUUGGCGCCACCAAUGCAGGCGGCUCCUCCAGAGACCGCGGCUUGGGAACCUCUUCCUGUUGGAACGAUGCAUGGUCCCAUGCGAGGAGUACGAUGUACCUAUCUUCCUGCAUGAACAUCUUGGCUGUGGUAUUGGCUGGAUGAAUGCAAGGGAUCAGAAAAACAAUAGCACUGUCAAUGUUAUUGUCAGCUCUACCUGUGCUACAACAGAUAAUCAAGUUCAUAUCAAGUCCCGCUCGGCCAUAGUCAUGGUCAGCGACACACUAAUUACCAAGUAUGGCCGCACAUCACAGUAAGCCUUGACUCGUGCGAUAGUAAAUCUCCAAGGGUCAACCGCACGCUCUGACUGGCGGGCCAUUGGAGGUUCAUUUUUCCAAUAAUAGAAUUUUCUCCGCACGGAAUGCGAAACUUUUUCCAGGCCAACUCUCUGUCGGUGAGGAUUUUGGUAAAGAAAGACCAAUGGCAACCAUGUGGAUUAUAGACCUGGUCAGAGAACAGGCAUUAUUCCUUGCAUAUCGAAUUAGAGCCAUGGAUGGUCGUGAACAUUCCUCUGCAAGACUAGCGGCUGGGGGGAAGCAUUCAACCAUACCGGCUGAAGUCCGUAGGUGUCGAACCGAAGCUAAGCAGGCUACAGCAGGGCCGUCCCCUCAUGUCGCAGAGCUAGAACCUCUUAGCCGCGUGUGCAGGUGCAUAGACUUUCUUUGCCCCGACAAAGUAUCACUACUUUGACCAUUAGAUUAGUAUCCAUUGAGGGUCAAAGACAGCACGGUCAACGGGUCAGGAUUUAAACAAGGACGGAGCUUCCCCU